CGAAAGCUCCACAAACCCAUUAAUUAACAAAACAAACAAAAGAAGGCGGCGCAAACAAAAGAUAAUGCAACCAGAGACCUCAGAUCAGAUGUUGUAUUCGUUUCUCGCCGGAAACGAAGUCGGCGGCGGAGGGUACUGCGUCUCCGGCGACUACAUGACGACUAUGCAGAGCUUAUGUGGGUCUUCUUCGUCGACGUCAUCGUAUUACCCGCUGGCGAUCUCCGGCAUCGGAGAAACGAUGGCUCAAGACAGAGCUAUUGCUGCUUUGAGGAACCACAAAGAAGCUGAGAGAAGAAGAAGAGAGAGGAUCAAUUCUCAUCUCAACAAGCUUCGUAACGUACUCUCUUGUAAUUCUAAGACCGAUAAAGCCACACUGCUUGCCAAAGUAGUUCAACGAGUCAAAGAACUUAAACAGCAAACCCUAGAGAUCUCCGACUCCGACCAAACACUAUUACCAUCAGAGACCGACGAGAUUAGCGUUCUACACUUUGGAGACUAUUCAAACGACGGUCAUAUAAUCUUCAAAGCCUCUCUAUGUUGUGAGGAUAGAUCAGAUCUCUUGCCGGACCUCAUGGAGAUUCUCAAGUCUCUUAACAUGAAGACUCUCCGAGCUGAGAUGGUAACUCUUGGGGGUCGGACAAGAAGUGUUCUUGUCGUAGCUGCUGACAAAGAGAUGCACGGCGUCGAGUCUGUGCAUUUCUUGCAAAACGCUCUCAAGUCUCUGCUUGAGCGGUCAAGCAAGUCGUUGAUGGAACGUAGUUCUGGUGGUGGAGGAGGAGAACGGUCAAAGCGGCGUCGUGCGCUGGAUCACAUCAUAAUGGUGUGAAAUGAUGAGAUUUGAGUACACUAAAAAGUCUAUAAUUGA